AUGUUGGAUUGUUUCCGAAGGCACAACAAAAUAAAAUAUUUAGCUCUUACACCACCUAUAAAAAUAAAUUGGAAAUAAAACUAAUGAAAGAUCAGAAUUUUCUAAAGCAUAAUCUUACAAUCCAUUUAAACCCAUUAAGCAUUAUCAAACGCUUCAGCAAUAUCCUCAUCCUCAGCUUUCUCGUCUAGUUCAAAACCACUGGCAUCUUCCUAGUCUUCAGCAAGAACCAUUAAUUGCACAAGGUAUUUGGUUCCAAUAUGCUCCUACGGACGAAGGUAUGCUGACCUUAAUAGGAUGUUCUAAGAACAAAGUAAACGCAAAUUGAAAAGAAAAAAAAAGGGCAACCAAAUUAAGCAGAAGAUUACACGCAUCCAAAACAGUUACAAUACUAUCAACCCCUUAAUAGAGACCACAUGACAGAAGGCUUACAAGGCAGAAAAAAAAAAAAAAAAUCUACUUGAGUUUUGUGUCAUCAUUCAUCAAACAUUGAAUAAGGCAAAAUGGUGAAUGUACAACCCGGUAAUUGUACCAGAUAAAAGUUCCCAACGACAGGUAUGAUGAAAUGUGCUCCAACUUCGGAGUCUCAAACGCUAUGCAAUAAGAAUGCUAUUCAUGCUACAAAAGUUGCAUAAAGUUAAAAUUAAGAAUCUAAUGUGAAAAUUUAAGCAAACUUUUAACAGAAUGCAGACUGUUUCUAAUUUUCUGGGGUGAAAAAACUUGAAUGAGAAAUAAAGCCAGCCAUACACAGUAGGUUAAAAGUAUAAGAUUGUAAAUUCUAAUGCAACAAUAAACUUUGUAUCAGACU